AUGUCCGCCUGCCACAGUUGCGCCGCUGCUGCCCGCCUUCUGGGCUCCACGCUGCCCUCUGCGCGGAGAGGUAUUACUUGUGGUCGUACACGCAUCCCUGUUUUAGGAAAACUUGGGACUUUUGAAACUUGUUCCCUACGACGAAUUCCUCUCAGAAACUUUUCAGAAACACCAGCGUACUUUGCUUCAAAGGAUGGUGCAAGCAAGGAGGGUUCUGGAGACGGAAACAAGAAGUCUGUCAGUGAAGGGGGUGGUAAAAAAUCAAGCUCUGGAAACUCUGGGAAAGGAGGGAACCAGCUGCGCUGCCCGAAGUGUGGUGACUUGUGCACACAUGUGGAGACCUUUGUGUCUUCCACCCGUUUCGUGAAGUGUGAAAAGUGUCAUCAUUUCUUUGUGGUCCUGUCAGAGGCAGACACGAAAAAGAGCAUCAUUAAAGAGCCUGAGUCAGCAGCAGAAGCUGUGAAAUUGGCAUUCCAGCAGAAGCCGCCACCUCCACCGAAGAAGAUUUAUAACUACCUCGACAAAUAUGUUGUUGGUCAGUGUUUUGCCAAGAAGGUGCUUUCGGUUGCUGUGUACAAUCAUUACAAGAGAAUCUACAAUAAUAUCCCAGCUAACCUGAGACAGCAAGCAGAAGUUGAAAAGCAGACUUCUCUAACACCAAGAGAAUUAGAAAUCAGAAGACGGGAGGAUGAGUACAGAUUUACAAAGCUACUGCAAAUUGCUGGAAUCAGUCCACAUGGAAAUGCUUUAGGAGCAUCAAUGCAGCAACAAAUGAACCAGCAGAUACCUCAGGAAAAACGGGGAGGAGAAGUAUUAGAUUCAUCCAAUGAUGACAUAAAACUUGAAAAAAGUAAUAUUUUGCUGCUUGGACCAACUGGAUCAGGUAAAACCUUGCUGGCUCAGACUCUAGCUAAAUGCCUAGAUGUCCCUUUUGCCAUCUGUGAUUGUACUACCUUGACUCAAGCUGGCUAUGUUGGUGAAGACAUUGAAUCUGUCAUUGCAAAACUCCUGCAAGAUGCCAACUACAAUGUUGAAAAAGCUCAGCAAGGAAUUGUUUUUCUGGAUGAAGUAGAUAAGAUUGGCAGUGUUCCCGGUAUUCAUCAGUUACGGGAUGUUGGAGGAGAAGGUGUUCAACAAGGCUUGCUAAAACUGCUGGAAGGCACAAUAGUAAACGUUCCAGAAAAGAAUUCUCGUAAACUACGCGGAGAAACGGUGCAAGUUGACACAACAAACAUCCUCUUUGUAGCUUCUGGUGCUUUUAAUGGCCUUGACAGAAUUAUCAGCAGGAGGAAAAAUGAAAAAUAUCUAGGAUUUGGCACACCAUCUAAUAUGGGAAAAGGCAGAAGAGCUGCAGCAGCAGCUGAUCUUGCCAAUAUCAGUGGAGAGUCUGAUCCACAUGAAGAUAUUGAAGAAAAGGAUCGUUUGCUGCGUCAUGUGGAAGCCAGAGAUCUCAUUGAGUUUGGCAUGAUUCCAGAGUUUGUGGGACGUUUGCCUGUGGUGGUUCCCCUGCACAGCCUAGAUGAGAAGACCCUUGUACGGAUUCUUACUGAGCCACGCAACGCUGUGGUUCCUCAGUACCAGGCACUCUUCAGCAUGGACAAGUGUGAGUUAAAUGUAACUGAAGAUGCAUUGAAGGCUAUUGCCAGACUGGCCCUGGACAGGAAAACUGGUGCAAGAGGUCUUCGAUCUAUAAUGGAAAAGCUGCUGUUGGAGCCUAUGUUUGAAGUGCCCAAUUCUGACAUUGUAUGCGUGGAAGUUGACAAAGAUGUUGUAGAAGGCAAAAAAGAGCCAGGAUACAUUAGGGCUCCCACUAAAGAUUCAUCUGAAGAAGAGUAUGACUCUGGCGUUGAGGAAGAAGGCUGGCCUCGACAAGCAGAUGCUGCAAAUCAUUAAACACUGUCAGAAUGCUCUGGGUUAUGUCCUUACGGUUGCCUCUGGUGAUACUAAAGGCAUUGGAUCUCUCUCAGAUAUGUGAUGAGGAACUUCCUUAGAUAAAUCAGAUGCUGUAUUUUAUUGCAACAUCACUUUGAUUUAUUUGCUGGACAUUGUGUGGACUCGGAUGGCAUAAUGUUCAAAUAUGAAUUGUAUAUUAUACUUGUUCAAUUAAUGUAUAGCAGAUCUGGCAGCACCUGGAUUGCUCCUUCUAGACCCUAAGCCAGCAAUGUGGGUGCUGCCAAUAGUAUGAUUUUACAACAACGUUACUCUACAAAUGGGAAGUCAAGAUUAAUAAUUAGUAGAGGGUGAAUUAAACUAUUAGCUCCUCGUAUGCCUCACAGGGGGUUACUUUCAGGUCAGUGUUAGAUUUCUGCUGGUGGGUGCUGGAGUGACUUGUUACAUUCUUGGGAAGUGGGAGGGGAAACCCUUGUUGCAGCAGGGUUUGGGAAAAACUGGGACACACUUUGACACUGCUGAGAAAAUGUGACACUAGUUUCUUGCAGGAAUUUGAAUGCAAUAUCAAAUGAUAUCCUUUCCUUCACCUCUCCAUCAGGAGUAAGUUUCAGUCACCUUGAAUACAGUGAUAGAAGGUGAAGUCAGCAAAUUGCUGAGGGGUGAACAGGAUUUCCAGGAAGUGGUAAGCCAUCGGAAUUCGGACAAGAAGUCAACAUUAGAUUUUUAAUGUUCUAAUAUAGCACAUAUUGUUUAACAUAUUGGAACUAUCAUGCAUCAAUUUUUUGGUGCCAGGUAUUUGCCCAACCUAUCUUAUAAUGUUAAGAGAUGAAUGAAGUAAAUGUAUGAUAUUUUUGAUGUAAUCAGUAGUAAUUGUGCACAUGACAGUGCUUUAAGUUAUAAGCUUAAUCCUAGUCUUGCAUCUUGUGGAGGUGUCUUUCUUUUUGUUUUUUAGUCACUGCAAAGCAAUCUUCCCUUUUCUGUUCUACACCACAACUAACUCAAUUCUUGUAGGAAAUUCUCUGAGAAAAAGAAAAGAAAACCAGCCCCAAACCAACAACCCCCUCCCCCAAACCAAUGCUAAAGGACCUGUAUGGUUUUGUUCCAGGAAUUAAAAUCAUUGCAUACAACUUUUGUUUUGUUCUUUAGUGAUACGUGGACUUAAGUUUUGCUGACUCUUACUUCCUACAAUUUGAAUUCAAGCUAUUUAAAAUAAAACUUUCCUCAUUCUUUUCAGGCUAGUUGAUGUUUUAGGACAGGAAAGGACACUGCAAGUGUGUUAACCCUAUUUUUGUUUUUAAUCUGUCAUGUAAAUUUUAUGUAAUACUUGUGUUCUUCCCCAGAAGCAGUGUGAUGUGCAUUUGUAGUCAGGUGCAACAGAUAUUUCCCUUAGGAUUUCAGGUUAGAUGACCCACUAAUGGUUCAGAUCAAACUGCAUUUGAAGCUGAGGAUAUUUCUAGGAGAAGCUUCAUCCCCUCACAAUGGGAAUCUGUGGUGAACUAUCUGUGACUGCAUCCUUACUUUUCCUUUUUGUAGAGUGAAUGAAAUAUAAUUGCUUUUAAUUCUGACUCCUUUACUUCAACCCUUUUUUAAAUGGAUUGGAAAAAAAAAAAAACAAACCUGACAUUUUAGGUGAAACUGUUCAACAACUUGGUUUUGAAAGUUGUUUGGAAUUAUGUAACCAAGAACUGUUUUUAAGGAAACAAAAUGCUGUGUAACUACAGUUUGUACCACACCUCUGGCGUUUGAAUAAAACAAAUCGACUCUUCAAGCAGCGGAGAGUUGUA